UUUUUCUCCAUCCUCUUCAUCUCUUCCUAACAUCCUCUCGGACAUCCGUAUGUCCUUUCCCUUUUUUCCAUAUAGAAAAGUAUUUCUUUUUUGUCUCUUCAGUAAUAACUAGAUCAUUAUACACUCACCGCUGUGCCCCUCACCGACUUUUUGAUUCUUCCAACACUUCUAAUUACAAUUCACCAUGUUCGUCUACAAGAGAGAUGGACGCAAGGAACGCGUACAAUUUGACAAAAUUACAGCCCGUGUAUCGAGGCUCUGCUAUGGACUAGACCCCGAGCACGUUGACGCUGCUGCCAUCACACAGAAAGUCAUCUCGGGUGUCUACCAGGGAGUCACCACGGUGGAACUGGAUAACUUGGCUGCUGAGACGGCGGCGUAUAUGACUACAACACACCCAGAUUAUGCUAUUCUUGCUGCUCGGAUAGCUGUAUCCAACCUUCACAAGCAAACCAAGAAGCAGUUCUCUCUGGUCAUCUCAGACCUCUAUUACUAUGUCAACCCAAAGAAUAAUAAACCAGCACCGAUGAUUUCUAAGGAGACAUAUGAAAUAGUUAUGAAACAUGCUGAUGAGCUUAACUCCGCAAUCGUGUACGAUCGCGAUUUUAACUACAAUUUCUUCGGUUUCAAGACUCUUGAGCGUUCAUACCUGCUACGAAUCAAUGGGAAGGUGGCAGAGCGUCCCCAGCACAUGCUGAUGCGGGUUGCUGUUGGAAUACACGGCAACGAUAUUGAAAGGGCCAUUGAGACGUAUAACUUGAUGUCUCAGAAGUACUUUACCCAUGCCUCGCCGACCCUGUUCAAUGCCGGCACUCCCCAGGCUCAGCUGGCCUCAUGUUUCCUGGUCGAUAUGAAAGCAGAUAGCAUCGAAGGUAUCUAUGAUACCUUGAAGACCUGCGCGAUGAUUUCCAAAACUGCAGGCGGUAUUGGUCUCAACGUCCACCGAAUCCGUGCCACGGGCUCUUACAUUGCCGGAACCAACGGCUCUUCUAAUGGAAUCGUCCCUAUGCUCCGUGUAUUCAACAAUACUGCGAGAUACGUGGAUCAGGGUGGCAAUAAGCGGCCGGGUGCUUUUGCUAUCUACCUGGAACCUUGGCACGCUGAUGUUUUCGAAUUCUUGGAUCUCCGCAAAAACCAUGGAAAGGAGGAGGUCAGGGCUCGUGACCUUUUCUACGCUCUUUGGACCCCAGAUCUGUUUAUGAAGCGGGUUGAGGCGAACGGCGACUGGACACUUUUCUGCCCGAAUGAGGCACCUGGCCUGGCUGAUGUCUAUGGUGACGAGUUUGACGCUCUCUACGAAAAGUAUGAACAGGAAGGAAGGGGUCGUAGGACCGUCAAAGCCCAGAAGCUUUGGUAUGCUAUUCUCGAGGCGCAGACAGAAACUGGAAACCCCUUUAUGUUGUAUAAGGAUGCUUGCAACAGGAAGAGCAACCAGAAGAACCUCGGAACUAUCCGUAGCUCCAACCUCUGCACUGAGAUUGUCGAGUAUAGCGCUCCGGACGAAGUUGCAGUUUGUAACUUGGCAUCUCUUGCCCUUCCUACGUUUGUUGAUUCUGUCCGCGGUGAAUACGAUUUUGGAAAGCUGCAUGAAGUUGUGCAGGUUCUUGUCCGGAACUUGAACAAGAUUAUUGACAUUAACUACUAUCCUGUUCCCGAAGCCAAGAAGAGCAAUCUCCGCCAUCGUCCCAUUGCUCUUGGUGUCAAUGGUCUUGCUGACGCCUUCCUUGCCUUGCGUCUGCCAUUUGACUCGGCCGAAGCGAGACAGCUGAACAUUCAGAUUUUCGAAACCAUCUACCACGGUGCCUUGACUGCGUCUGUAGAACUGGCCAAGGAGUCUGGGACGUAUGAGACGUAUGAAGGCUCUCCCGUCUCCCAAGGGAUCCUCCAAUACGAUAUGUGGGACAGGAAACCCACCGACCUCUGGGAUUGGGAUUCGCUCAAGGCCAAGAUCGCAGAGCACGGCGUGCGCAACAGUUUGCUGGUGGCCCCUAUGCCGACGGCAAGCACCAGCCAGAUUCUUGGCUUCAAUGAGUGCUUCGAGCCGUACACUUCGAACAUUUAUUCUCGCCGAGUCCUUGCUGGAGAAUUCCAAGUUGUCAACCCAUGGCUUCUCAAGGACCUCGUCGACUUGGGUCUCUGGUCUGACAACAUGAAGAAUCGCAUUAUCGCGGAGGGUGGCUCUGUUCAGAACAUUCCCAAUAUUCCCGCAGACAUCAAGGCCCUCUACAAGACUGUCUGGGAGAUCUCUCAGCGAAACAUCCUGCAGAUGGCUGCAGACCGUGGUGCAUACAUUGACCAGUCUCAGUCGCUCAAUAUCCACAUGAAGGAGCCUACCAUGGGCAAGAUUACCAGCAUGCACUUUGCUGGGUGGAAGAUGGGGUUGAAGACUGGCAUGUACUAUCUCAGAACCAUGGCAGCUUCUGCACCAAUUCAAUUCACGGUGGACCAGGAGAAGCUCAAGGUCGCUGACACCAAUGUUGCCCGGUCAAUCCCCCUACGGAAGAAGGUCGGAGGCGUUGGCUCAGCGUUCAAUUCGCAUUCGGUCGGUGCCCAAAAUGGCAGCAAUGAGCUUGGAUCGCCAGACUUCCAGAGCACGAACGGUGUGAAGGCCGGGGGCAGUCCUCGCACUCUUGCCGUUGACCCCUCGUCCCCUGUUCAUCCAGAUGAGGAGCUCUCUCAGCCACGGCGUAAUGGCAACGGCACUUCUCAGGAGGAGGACGAGGAGAAGGAGAGCGAGGAGCGUGAGAAUGACAUUUAUUCUCAAAAGGUGCUCGCUUGCAGCAUCGAGAACAAGGAGGCUUGCCUCAUGUGCCAGGGUUGAUUUGGUGAUUUCCUAUUUCUGAUGAGAUUGAUGUUUUCGUUAUGUUUUUAUCGGCUGCUGCGGCCUCUGCUAAUGCAUACAAAUGGAUGGUUCUCUGUACUUGCGUGUUGGAUUUGAGCCUGUUCUUCUGUUUUGUUACAUAUGGUAGUUAGGGUAUUCAAGAAUGCUACUGGUUCUUUUGUGCAUGC